AUGGUAUCGCUUGAGACUGUACAGAAGAAUAACUUCAGCUUGAAGAGCUAUGGUCCGAAUCUCGUGGCCGUGUUUGUCGGCGGAACCAGCGGAAUCGGCGAAGCAACAGCUCGUGCAUUCGUACGAGAUACUAAGUCUUCACGUGUCUACCUCGUCGGGCGCAACGAGACCCAAGCCUCGAAAAUUAUUGAGGAGCUCCGGCAGAUCAAUCCAGAUGGCCAGAUUAGCUUCGUGAAAUGCGAAGCGGCGCGCCUGCACAGCGUCGAUGAAGCAUGCAAGUCCAUUCAAGAACAGGAAGAGAAAGUGAACUUGCUGUUCAUGACUGCAGGCACUAUGACGACGAAGGGGCGAGAUGAAACCGACGAGGGGCUGGACAAGAAGCUCAGUCUCCAUUACUACUCUCGAAUGCGCUUCGCAAUGAAUUUACUACCGCAGCUGACCAAGGCCGCGACUGCCAAUGACUCGGGCACAAAGGGCCUGGGCGACAAUUUGUCGCGAGUCGUAUCUGUCCUGUCGCCCGGUGAUGAAGUAUCUCUUUACUUGGAUGACCUGGAUUUAAAGACCCACUAUUCACUCCGCAACUGCGCUGGGCAUGCCGUCACUAUGAAUACCCUGUUUUUGCAAGAGCUCGCAAAAACACAUCCCGCUACCAGUUUCAUCCACGCCUACCCCGGCGGCGUGAAGACCGGUCUUAUGCGGGAGUUCCACCCUAUCGCUCAGGUAGCGAUUAAUGCUUUGUCGAUAUUUGCCAAACCAUGGAUGGUGCCUUUGGAGGAGAGCGGACAGCGACACCUGUAUGCCUCGACUAGUCCAAAAUACACGCCCCAAGCCUCCGGCGAUGGCGGCGGAGAUGUGGCAAUUGGGUCAGACGGUAAAAACGGUAGCGGGGCGUAUCUUUUGAGCUGGGAUGGUUCAAUUACGGGCAACAAAAAGAUUCUUGAGGCGGCACGCCAGAAUGAAACGGGUAGAUUGGUGUGGAAGCACACUCUGGGGAUCUUCACGUCGAUCUGUGGCAAGUGA